AUGGACAGUGACCUCUCCUCCAUCAACAAGUUGCAGGGUCUGCACAUCUGGGCCAUUGAGAAAAUGAAGAUGGUCCCUGUCCCUGAGAAGGCCUAUGGGAGUUUCUUUGAAGGCGACUGCUACAUCAUCCUGCAUAAGGAGAAUAGCAGCCGGGGCCUCUCCAUCAACAUCCAUUACUGGAUAGGCAAGGACUCGGCGGUGGAUGAGCAGGGGGCAGCCGCAGCCUACACGGCCCAGCUGGACGGCGUGCUAGGGGACAUCCCCGUGCAGCACCGUGAGGUCCAGGGCUACGAGUCAGAUGUCUUCAAAAGCUACUUCAAGAACGGAAUCAUUUACAAGAAGGGGGCUCUGGCCUCUGGCUUCAAGCAUGUGGAGACCAACAUGUACAACAUUCAGAGACUCCUGCACAUCAAGGGAAAGAAGCCUGUGUCAGCCACAGAGGUGGACUUGUCCUGGGACAGCUUCAACAAAGGAGACGUCUUCCUCCUGGACCUGGGGAAAGUGCUGAUUCAGUGGAAUGGUCCUGAAGCCAACUUGUCCAAGAAAUCCCGGGGACUGGCCUUGACCCGGCAUAUCCGAGAUGGGGAGCGGGGUGGCCGUGCCCAGAUUGGAGUGGUGGAUGAGGAUCACAGCUCCGCUGACCUGCUGCAGAUCAUGGAGACAGUGCUGGGCCCUCGGGCGGCCUCGCUCCAGGAUGCUGUCCCCGAGGAAAAGGUCGAUGAGUUCCAGAAGGCCAACCUCCGGCUGUACCACCUUUAUGAAAAGGAUGAAGACUUGGUGGUCCAGGAGAUUGCCACCCGGCCGCUGACUCAGGACCUCUUACAGCACGAGGACUGUCACAUCCUGGACCAAGGCGGCUUCAAGAUCUAUGUGUGGCGGGGCUGUGACUCCAACAAGGAGGAGAAGAAGGCAGCCUUCAGCCGGGCAGUGGGCUUUAUCCAGGCCAAGGGCUACCCAGCCACCACCAAUGUGGAGGUGGUCAAUGAUGGUUUUGAGUCUGCCAUAUUCAAGCAGCUAUUUCAGCAAUGGAUAGAGAAGGACCAGACGGAAGGGCCGGGCUGGGCUCACAACCUGGGCAAGACUGCCAAAGCGGAGCCUGUGAAGUUCGACGUGACCCAGCUGCAUGGCCAGCCAGAGCUGGCUGCCGAGCAGAGGAUGGUGGAUGACGGUUCAGGGAAGGUGGAGGUGUGGCGGAUCGAGGACUUGCACAAGAAGCCUGUUGAUCCCAAGAAGUACGGCCAGUUCUACGGGGGCGACUGCUACCUGGUCCUCUACACCUACCAGAAGUCUGGGCGGGCCCAGUACAUCAUCUACAUCUGGCAGGGACAACAUGCGUCGGUGGAUGAGGUCACGGCUUCCUCUCUCAACGCCAUUGAGCUGGACCACAUGUACCAGGAGGAACCCGUGCAGGUCCGGGUGACCAUGGGCAAGGAGCCUCGGCACUUCCUGGCCAUCUUCAAGGGGCGGCUCAUUGUGUUCCAGAAUGGCACUAGCCGGGACGGCCGUGUGGACCCUGAGCCAGCCAUCAGACUCUUCCAGGUGAGGGGCACAGACGAAUAUAACACCAAGACCACUGAAGUGCCCGCCCGAGCCUCUUCCCUCAAUUCCAGUGAUGUUUUCCUGCUUGCUACCAGCCAAAUCUGCUACCUGUGGUGUGGAAAGGGCUGCAGCGGAGAUGAGAGGGAAAUGGCUCGCAUGGUGGCCGACAUCAUCUCUCAGAAGGACAAGCAGACGGUGUUGGAGGGGCAGGAGCCUCCCAGCUUCUGGGAGGCCCUAGGGGGCCGAGCCCCAUAUGCCAGUGAUAAGAGGCUCCAGAAGAAGACCUCCUACUACCAGCCCCGCCUGUUUGAAUGCUCCAGUCAGACAGGCCGAUUCAUCAUGACAGAAAUCACGUUCUUUAGCCAGGACGACCUGGAGGAGGAUGACAUCAUGUUGCUGGACACCUGGGAAGAGGUGUUCUUGUGGAUUGGGAAAGACUCCAACACAUACGAGAAGAAGGAGUCAGUCGCUAUGGCCCGAGACUACCUGAAGAGUCACCCAGCAGGCAGGGACCCAGCAACCCCCAUUAUUGUGGUCAAGCAGGGCCAUGAGCCCCCCACCUUCACCGGCUGGUUCAGUGCUUGGGACCCCUACAAGUGGAAUAAUGGCAGAUCCUAUGACGAGCUGAAGAACAGCCUUGGUGAUAUGUCAGCCAUCUCUGAGAUGACCGUGGAACUCAACAACAUCAGCCUGCUCCAGCGGCUGUCAGACGAGCGCCCCGGAACCCCGGGGGGCGGCGCCCCUCCUGCCGGGCCCCCCCAGCCUCUGAGCAGCGACCCCAGCUCCAGCUCCAGCAGUCCCAGCAGCAGCUACUACAGCAGCAACAGCAACUAUAACGGCAGCGACAUGUCCCUGGUCCCCAAAUGCCCCGUGGCAGCGACCGCCGUCCCCACCGUGCCCAUUCCCCGGGAGCGCCUAAUCAACAAGGCUGUGGAGGACCUGCCCGAAGGUCUGGACCCAUCCAGGAAAGAGUACUACCUUUCAGACGCCGACUUCCAAGACAUCUUUGGCAAGUCCAAGGACGAGUUCUAUCGGAUGGCGAAGUGGAAACAGCAGCAAGAGAAGAAGCAGCGCGGCUUGUUCUGAGGUGCCCACCGCAGCGCUGCCCUGCUGCCCGCACCCCCAGGCCCUGGGCCAGAUGCCCCUGCCCACCCUUCAGAACUCUCUGUUCCAGCGCACUGGGGCCCUUGGGAACGCUGCUCCUCCCUGGAGUUCUGAGGGUGAGGGUGACC